UCCUCGAUCCUCGUCCGCCUGUCUGCUCCGUCCUUUUCCAGAGGCUCGUCGGCACCCCUGCUCUCGCUCGGCUCACUCCCCCCACACAAACCCUACCAACAGCUCACAAUGGCCCCUGUCGGAGGCAGCUCUAUCGGCGACGACAUUCUGCAGCGGCUCCAGCCGUCUCAGGAGCAGUGGACAACCAUCUACUUCAUCAUCGGAUACGCCGUCGGGAUCCUGUUCCUCUGGAACAUCCCUUAUCUCAACUACAUCCUGUAUCCGUUCAAGAUCAUCACCGUGGCCCUUCACGAGUUUGGACAUGCUUCAGCCGGCUGGUGCACCGGCGCCAAAAUCGAGUACAUCAACGUCAACCCCGACGAAGGCGGCGUGACUGGAAUGCGAGGCGGGAAUCCUUACAUCACCUUGCCAGCAGGCUACAUCGGCUCCUGUGUUUGGGGCUCCCUCAUGAUCUUUGCCGGCUUCAACCUUCUGGCAUCCAAGAUCGGCACGGGCCUGCUGGGAGUGGCGCUGCUGCUCGUUCUCGUUUAUGCCCGGAACAUGAUGACCCGCGGCAUCACCGUGGUCUUCAUCGGCUUCCUGGCAUUCUUGUGGUGGUUUGACAAUGCCGUGGCUCUCCGCUACGUCAUCCUGUUCAUGGGAGUCAUGAGCGCACUGUACUCGCUCUGGGAUAUUGUCGAGGACCUGAUCACCCGCAAGGUCAACGAAUCGGACGCCUCAAAGUUCUCGCAGCUGUGCUGUGGAGGCUGCCUGGGACCCCGCUUCUGGGGUCUGAUUUGGUUCGUCAUCUCGAUCAUCUUUGUGGCCAUUGCGGUCAUCGGAGGUAUCCUGGCAUUCAAGAACGACCAGACCAUCCAAAUCGGCGGAUAGGUGCGCAACAGCUUCCCGAGCGACGGCACCAGCAUCAGCAUCAGCAGCAACAGCAGCGACAGCAGCAAUAACAACGGCACCCAGCCAGACCCAGGCUCCGACCAGUCUAUUUGGCUGCCGCCG